AUGGGUGUAUACGAUGACGUGUCUACAUUCUGUGACUAUUCUCCAACUUCAACUGUUUCAACGUCUUCUUCUUCAUCUUCUUCUGGAUUGGCUUCUCCGGUUUACGAGAAUGUUGAAGAACUGACUGGAUUGUGCUCUCGGAGCUGGAAGAUGAUGGGAAAACGGACUUCGAAACCGUCGAUGAGUGACUUCUUGGCACAAUUGCCACCCCCUCCACCGGCAUUCGAUGAUGAAGUUUAUGGAGGAGGCGGAUUCGGAAAAAGACCGGUAGAAUCCUCAACCUCAACCGCUUCAUCAUCUGCUUCAUCACGUCGCCCAAUAAUCUCUUCUUCUUCUUCUUCUUCAAACCAUCAUCAUCAUCCGCCCAUUCCUUCUUCUUCCUCUUCCUCUCCACCUGUUCUUCUCUCUACGCCACCUCAUCCACCAGUCGUUUCAUCAUCAAAUUGUUCUUCGAACCCCCAUCCUAUGCCACAAAUUUCUCGGUGUUUCGAUAUGCGUCCCUUAUCGCUUCCGCACAAAGAAAUGCAAAGAAUUGAGAGGGAACAAUCCCACAGGUCGGUCAAACUUCUUAUUCCUAAUCGUUUUGAUAUUCCUGAUAACUAUGCAAUUACUCCUGCAUGCCCGAGAAGAGUUCUGGUCAUAACUCUUUUGAUAAUCACAAUUUUCAUCGUUAUGAUUGCUCUUGGAAUCUACGUUUUCUACGACGUCAUCGCCGAACACAUCAAUAAUAUUGCUGGAACUUUCUAA